AUGGAAGACAACUUUUCUGACGAUAGCGCUGCUGGCCCCGAUUUCCUGGACGACUCGUUCCACGACGAGUAUGUUUCGCCCACCGCCGCCAUUGAGAUCCAGGGCGAGUACGAUGGCCAGGACCCUACUGACCCGGGUUCAGAUGUGGUGGGGUCGCUUAGUGAUGACUCCCACCUCCUCAAGGGGUCUUACGCAAAGUACUUUUCAACCUCCAACCCCUUCGCCCACGAAGACGACUACGGCCCCGGCACCGUCCAGCCCGUACGGCGGUCGCAGUGGCUCCACCACGCCCUCCGACCUGUGCGUUAUAUCCCCGCCGUGUUUCUCGGAACCCUUCUCAACAUCUUGGACGGGUUAUCGUAUGGAAUGAUCAUGUUCCCCGUAAGUGAGCCAGUAUUUGCGGCCAUGGGGCCGUCCGGGCUCUCGAUGUUCUACGUGUCGUGCAUCGUGUCACAGCUCGUGUACUCGCUCGGUGGCUCGGCCUUCCGCAGUGGAAUUGGGUCCGAAAUGAUUGAGGUGACGCCGUUUUUCCACGCGAUGGCCUCAUCGAUUUUGGCUGAAAUCGGUAACGGCUCCAACAAUGACACCGUCAUCGCCACCACCAUCGUGACGUACGCCAUCUCGUCUGUCGUCACCGGCCUCAUUUUCUACGUGCUUGGAAAACUCAAGUUGGGCUCGCUCGUGGGGUUUUUCCCACGUCAUAUCUUGGUAGGGUGCAUUGGCGGAGUCGGAUACUUUUUGGUGGUCACAGGCAUCCAGGUGUCGCUGCGUCUUGACGGUGAGUUUCUGUACCAUCUUGACACUUUCCGGGUGCUUUUCGGGUCGGUCCAGACGUUUCUUCAAUGGUUUGUACCAUUUGUGCUCACGGCCAUUCUCAUCGCCAUCCAAACCAAAUACCAUAACUCGUUGAUCGUACCAAUGUUUUUCAUCGGGGUUUUUGUGGUGUUCCACGUGGUUGUGGCGGCAGUGCCGUGGUGGUCGUUGAGUACGGCCCGUGUCGCUGGGUGGGUGUUCCCGUCGGUCGAUGACGACGAGCCGUGGUACGGUUUCUACGAAUACUACCGGUUUGGAUUGGUCGACUGGUGGUGUAUUGUGCGCCAGAUCCCCACCAUGUUGGCCCUCACGUUCUUUGGAAUUCUCCACGUUCCCAUCAACGUCCCGGCCCUCGCCGUCACCGUCAACAUGGACCAGGUCGAUGUGGACCGGGAAUUGGUGGCCCAUGGAUACUCGAACGUGCUUUCGGGACUCGUGGGAUCGAUCCAAAACUACUUGGUAUACACCAACUCGGUGCUCUUCAUCCGGGCAGGGGCCGACGACCGGCUCGCGGGCGUGCUCCUUGCGGUGGCCACCGCCGGGGUGAUGAUGGUCGGCCCCGUCGUCAUUGGCUUCAUUCCUGUUUGUGUGGUGGGCCUGCUCAUCUACUUGCUCGGGUACGAAUUGUUAAAAGAAGCGUUGUACGAUACUCGCGGCCGCUUGACCAAGAUCGAAUAUUACACCAUCAUCAUCAUCGUGGUGGUCAUGGGAGCUUGGGAUUUUGUGUACGGGGUAUUGGCCGGAAUCUUGUUGGCAUGUCUUUCGUUUGUGGUUGAGGCUGCCACCACCCCCGUGGUGCAGGGCAUUUACACCGGUGUGGUGGCCCGGUCGACCGUGUUGAGACACCCCAAACAGCAGGAGUUCUUGAAGGACGUGGGCAACCAGAUCUGUGUCGUCAAGCUCCAAGGAACGUUGUUCUUCGGGUCCAUUGGUGGAGUGGAAGCGUCCAUUCGGUCGCGGUUUGAGGUGGACAACUUCAAGAGAGACCCAGUCAAGUUUUUGAUUCUCGACAUGAAGGGAAUCGUAUCGAUUGACUUUUCCGCCUGUGAGGGCUUCAGGCGGAUCUUGAACUUGGCCAACGAGUUCGAGACCCAGUUGAUCAUCUCGUCGGUGGUGGACAAUGAUGAGACCGUCAAGGCGUUGCGCGAUGCCGGCCUCUGGGACACCGACAAUGCUCUCAGUCUCCAGUUGUUCAGCACCUUGAACUACGCUUUGGAGUGGUGCGAGAGCUCGUUCUUGGCAACCUACAAAAACGUCAUCCGGCAGAAGGAGUUGGCCCACGGUGGGGAUUCGUCCAGCUACGAUGUCUUGGGGAUGACUCGCCACAAGUCGAUAGUAGCAGCCAAAACCCCCAUGAGUGCCUUCGACGCCUCGCUUGGCACCACUCCCAGAACUACUCAGGUGUACCAGGCGGCCACCAGGACGGUCAAAUCGCAUCAAACGUCUCAAAACAAAUACUUUAACUCGAACGACACUCUGUUCAAAAAACAGCCCUUGCCGUUGCUCAUGCUCACGUUCCAGGGAUUGUCCGAUAAGGACGCGGAGUUCUGGUCCCAAUUGACCGACUACUUUGUCAAGGAACAAAUUCCUGAGAACUUUACGUUCUACGACACUUCAACCAACAAACCAGCAUUUUUCAUUGUGGAAACAGGCUUGAUUAAGUCGCUUCUCCGGUUUGAGAGCGACGAAACCGAGUUACACUCCAGCAUAUUGCCGAUGACGGCAUUUGGUGAUCUCUUUGAGGUGUCUCACUCACGGGAAAUCAGUUAUACCACUGUGAGUGACUCGGUGGCCUGGAAACUUUCGCAGUCCAAGCUCACCGAAUUGUUGCAAACAGCAAAUGGAUACAAGAUAUAUAACGAGCUCCUCAUCAUCCAGAACAAGUUGACGCGCGAGCGCUUUGACACCAUGACGGCCAAUUUGGUUAUCUCGUGAGCAGACUCUAAUGUGACUUUACUUCUUCAUAAUAAUAGCAUGAUCCUUAUCCUCUA